AUGGCAUCAAUAUCGUUCCAGGGUAAUGAUAAUCAUGGGCUCCAGAUUGGAGUAAGCCAUGGCCCGAUCAACGCCGAAAUCCAUAUGCUUCCAGAGCGACCGGAAACUCCACCAAGCCCGUUAUCGACAGUCCCAUUCCCACGCGAUCCAGAUUUUGUUGGUCGUGAUGCUCUCCUUGAUCAGAUUCGUGAGAAAAACUCAGUUCCGGGGUCGAGAAUAGCGCUGGUUGGGCUCGGCGGUGCUGGAAAAUCGAAACUCGCAAUCGAAUACUCCCAUCAAGUCCGAUCUGAUUCGCCGGCAACAUGGGUCUUCUGGGUGCAUGCGAGCAACGAAGCCCGGUUCGAGCAAAGUUUCCGCGAUAUUGCGGACCAGGUCAAAAUCCCAGGUCGCCAGGAUCCCAAAAAUAACAUCUUCAAACUGGUUGAGAACUGGCUCCGAGAUGAGAAGAGAGGGAAAUGGGUUUGCAUCCUUGAUAACGUCGACGAUGACAAGUUCCUUUGCUCGAUUCCACUUACGAAGUCCUCGACAAAGCCACUACUGGAAUAUGUUCCAAGAACUCGAAAUGGGUCUAUUCUCAUCACAAGCCGGGCGAAAGAAAUAGCGUUGAAGAUGGUCGAUCACAAAGACCUAAUAAAGGUUGAGCCCAUGGAAAGGUCUGAAGCGCUAGAUCUUCUCCAGAGAAAGCUUGAUGACCCAGGAGAAAGCCAAAACAGCCAAACCUUAGAGAAUCAACAGCUAGUGGAUACACUAGAGCAUAUGCCUCUAGCGAUCGUCCAGGCAGCUUGCCUGAUUCGGAAUCGAGGGUCUCGCUAUUCAGUGUCACAAUACCUAAGAGAUUUCCAAGAGAGCGACCAUAAAGCAAUCAAACUUCUCGAGAAAGAAGCCGGUUACCUCCACCGGGACUGGACGGCAAAGAAUUCAAUUCUGGUGACAUGGCAACUAUCUUUCGAUUAUAUCCGCCAAACAAAGCCAUCUGCAGCAGAGCUACUUUCUCUUAUGAGUUUUUUCGAUCGGCAAGGGAUACCAGAAGAUCUUAUUCGGCAUCAAUCUCAGGCCGACUAUAUAUCAAGCUCAGGCUACUCAGACCUUUCAGAUAACUCUAGUAAUGGAGAGACUUCUGAUUCUGAUAUAGAGCCUGACUUUGAGGACGAUAUCACGACACUACAGGAUUAUUCAUUUAUAUCCUCUAGCAAAAAUAAUAGAGGUGCAUGGUAUGCAUCUGAAAUCGGUAAUAUCAUAGAUGCAAGAGAAAUGGCAUUGAAAUCAAGAGAUCAAAGAGUGAGGUUAUUCGAUGAUGAAAAUGAAGAUGUCCUUGAUAGUAUAAGUAUGCUGGCAACAGUAUUUUGUCUUGAAGGCCGGUGGGAGGAGGCUGAGCGGCUCGAGGUGCAGGUGAUGGAGACUCGCAAGACGAAGCUCGGCGAGGACCAUCCCGACACGCUGACCAGUAUGGCCAACCUGGCGUCAACAUACAGGAAUCAGGGCCGAUGGGAGGAGGCCGAGCGGCUCUUUGUGCAGGUGAUGGAGACUCGCAAGACGAAGCUCGGCGAGGACCAUCCCUCCACGCUGACCAGUAUGGCCAACCUGGCGUCAACAUACAGGAAUCAGGGCCGAUGGGAGGAGGCCGAGCGGCUCGAGGUGCAGGUGAUGGAGACUCGCAAGACGAAGCUCGGCGAGGACCAUCCCGACACGCUGACCAGUAUGGCCAACCUGGCGUCAACAUUUUGGAAUCAGGGCCGAUGGGAGGAGGCCGAGCGGCUCGAGGUGCAGGUGAUGGAGACAAGCAAGACGAAGCUCGGCGAGGACCAUCCCUCCACGCUGACCAGUAUGGCCAACCUGGCGUCAACAUUUUGGAAUCAGGGCCGAUGGGAGGAGGCCGAGCGGCUCGAUGUGCAGGUGAUGGAGACAAGCAAGACGAAGCUCGGCGAGGACCAUCCCGACACGCUGACCAGUAUGGCCAACCUGGCGUCAACAUACAGGAAUCAGGGCCGAUGGGAGGAGGCCGAGCGGCUCUUUGUGCAGGUGAUGGAGACGAGCAAGACGAAGCUCGGCGAGGACCAUCCCGACACGCUGACCAGUAUGGCCAACCUGGCGUCAACAUACAGGAAUCAGGGCCGAUGGGAGGAGGCCGAGCGGCUCUUUGUGCAGGUGAUGGAGACAAGCAAGACGAAGCUCGGCGAGGACCAUCCCGACACGCUGACCAGUAUGGCCAACCUGGCGUCAACAUACAGGAAUCAGGGCCGAUGGGAGGAGGCCGAGCGGCUCGAGGUGCAGGUGAUGGAGACAAGCAAGACGAAGCUCGGCGAGGACCAUCCCGACACGCUGACCAGUAUGGCCAACCUGGCGUCAACAUUUUGGAAUCAGGGCCGAUGGGAGGAGGCCGAGCGGCUCGAGGUGCAGGUGAUGGAGACAAGCAAGACGAAGCUCGGCGAGGACCAUCCCGACACGCUGACCAGUAUGGCCAACCUGGCGUCAACAUACAGGAAUCAGGGCCGAUGGGAGGAGGCCGAGCGGCUCGAGGUGCAGGUGAUGGAGACAAGCAAGACGAAGCUCGGCGAGGACCAUCCCGACACGCUGACCAGUAUGGCCAACCUGGCGUCAACAUUUUGGAAUCAGGGCCGAUGGGAGGAGGCCGAGCGGCUCGAGGUGCAGGUGAUGGAGACAAGCAAGACGAAGCUCGGCGAGGACCAUCCCGACACGCUGACCAGUAUGGCCAACCUGGCGUCAACAUACAGGAAUCAGGGCCGAUGGGAGGAGGCCGAGCGGCUCUUUGUGCAGGUGAUGGAGACUCGCAAGACGAAGCUCGGCGAGGACCAUCCCGACACGCUGACCAGUAUGGCCAACCUGGCGUCAACAUACAGGAAUCAGGGCCGAUGGGAGGAGGCCGAGCGGCUCGAUGUGCAGGUGAUGGACACGAGCAAGACGAAGCUCGGCGAGGACCAUCCCUCCACGCUGACCAGUAUGGCCAAUCUCGCUUUUACCUGGGAAACUUCAGGUCAUGAUGCCAAAGCCAUUAAUUUGCUAAAAAACUGCUUAGUCAAGCAGAAACAAGUACUCGGACUGAGCCAUCCAGAGACUCUGUCUAAUUCUCAAACACUGCUUGAGUGGGAAACGAAAGACUCACAUCUGGAUGCCUAA